CUCGACUCAAUCUUGUUCAACUGAGCACUAGAGAGAGAGAGAGAGAGAGAGAGAGAAAUGAAUGCUUCAACUAGGAAAAAGGUUCAGAGGAAGUGCAAGAUCAGAGGCUACAAUCUCAAAGUUGAAGCUCUCGAUGAGAUCCUCUCCUUCGUUUCUCGAUUCGAAGGCCCCGAUGAAGACGAAGCUAUCGAUCUCCUCCUCGAUCAACUCGAACAAGAAUCUCUGAAAUCCACCAUAAUCGACAAGGAGCCGGUGCACCGUGUGGUGAGCCUGCUAUUGGAAGCUGAGGCGACGGUGGAGGAAAAUUCCGAUGCGUCUGCCACCGCUGCUUCAGCCAUUCGCGUCGUUGAUGCAUUCCUGAUCCCCAAAUAUAAAUACGAUCCUAUCAGAAAGCAAUUCUAUGAGCACACUAGCAGCUUACCUAUUCAUGGGGAAGCAUCAGCAAAAACGGCCUUGUAUAAGAAUAGGUUUCUAUUGUUGUUUCAGAGGCUCUCUCGUGAUCAGCAUUUUUCCAAGCGUGCUUUUGAUUCUGAAUUUUCACAUUUCGGGAGCUGUGAGAUAUCUCCUAUUCAAUCUCUGGUUGGGCAAACAGGUAGAAGAUGGGUAAUGGGAGUAAUAUCUCAGCUUGAGGAUGGGCAUUUUUAUUUGGAAGACCUUACCGCUUCAGUUGAAAUCAAUUUAUCUAAUGCUAAGAUAACUACAGGAUUCUUUUUAGAGAAUACCAUAGUUGUGGCUGAAGGCGAGAUGCUUGUGGAGGGUAUUUUUCAGGUUUUAACAUGUGGAUUUCCCCCAUUGGAGGAUAGAAAUAAGUCACUUAAACAACUUGCAGGGCAUGACUUUUUUGGUGGUGGUAUUUUUACAAAAGAGGAAACUAUCAGACUGGAAGAAAUGGAGAAAAGAGCAGUCAAUGACAUGUUUGUUAUACUAUCUGAUAUUUGGGUCGACAAUGAAGAGGCUUUGGGAAAGCUAGAGACUGUUCUGGAUGGUUUUGAGAGUGUGGAAGUAGUUCCUUCCUUAUUUGUUUUCAUGGGAAACUUUUCUUCUCACCCAUGUAACCUUUCAUUUCACUCUUAUUCGAGCCUCAGGAUGCAGUUUGGCAAGCUAGGCCAAAUGAUUGCUUCCCAUUCACGGCUAAAAGAGAACAGUCGAUUUCUGUUUAUUCCAGGUCCUGAUGAUGCAGGUCCAUCAACGGUUCUUCCUAGGUGUGCUCUACCAAAAUAUUUAACUGAGGAGCUCCAAAAGCAUAUUCCCAAUGCCAUAUUUUCAAGCAACCCUUGCAGGAUCAAAUUCUAUACCCAAGAAAUUGUAUUUUUCCGCCAGGAUCUGCUAUAUCGAAUGCGUCGUUCUUGUUUAAUGCCUCCUUCUAAGGAAGAAACUGAUGAUCCUUUUCAGCAUCUUGUUGCUACCAUAACCCAUCAGAGUCAUCUUUGCCCACUCCCUCUAACUGUACAACCCAUCAUCUGGAAUUAUGACCAUUGUCUUUAUCUUUAUCCAACUCCACACGCGAUAGUUUUGGGAGACAGAAGUCAGCAGAAGGCAUUCAAGUACACAGGAAUCACUUGUUUUAAUCCUGGGUCUUUCUCAAUUGACAGCACCUUUGUGGCUUACCGUCCUUGCUCUCAGGAAGUUGAAUUGUCAGCCUUGUAAAAUGAGGAUAGUUUCUGUUGGUUUGUGAUCCUCUAACCAUGAGCCAUCUCAGAAAUGAUGGCUUCACGAUUCUUUUAUUAGAUAUACACGGCAAAGAAUGGAGCUGGAAAUGUGGUACUACUAUCUUUUCCUAUCGGGAGGAUUGAAAUUGUAGCUGUUACUGUAUUAUAUAAUUUAAUUACCUAGUCAACAAGUGAGAAAUUUUGUAUAGUAGGAAUCUGCUAGUUUAGAUGAGGCAGUUUAUUUUUUAUUUGGAUAAUAUUUGUAGGUGCAUCCUACAUAAAAUAUCUGUUUCCUUUGAAUAGUUACUAAACUACGAUAAGUUAUUGAAAUAUAUUCCAAGGGUUUCAUGAUUCUGAUACAACCCCAUGUCUAUCAUCGGAAAUGAUUCAGAGGAUCCCAUUCUCUCAACCUUAUUGGUGCUGAAUCAGCAGCUGGCUGCCUGGCCUAACCAAAUGUGUGAAGGAUUCUGUUAUGGAAAACGGUUUGGGAAGCAUGAUAAAAAACAGUGGCAUGCCAAAAGGGGGUUA